UUAGUUUGAAUUUUCGAAUUUGAUACUUGUCCAACUAAAUUUAGACGGCCUGUUUCAUACAGAUAAGGCACUUGGACAUUCGUGUGUUUAAUUUUAGUGUGAUAUAAAGUGUUAUGUUCCGCCCAGGACAAAUUCAUCAGCAACCAGACUACCAUGGCAACAAACUACAGAGUUUAGAGGUGUCAGAGAUGUAAACUGUCAAGGGGUAGGAAACCUGCCGUAAGAAGCAAUCAACAUGUCUUCUGAGGAGGAGAUUUCUCAGGCAUCCUCCUCCUCCUCACCUCCCCCUGCCUCCCACUUUAUCGGGAAAAAGGAGGACAUUGUCAAAGCGGGGCGCUUGACCAAGACGGUGAAUGGAUGCAGAGAUAUACUGGUCCUGUACCACCAGGGGCAGCUUCAUGCAAUGGACAUGCGCUGCUACCAUUCAGGUGGUGCAUUACAGUACGGAGACAUUGAGGAGUUUAAUGGGCGGCUGUGUAUCGUGUGUCCGUGGCACAAGUACAAGAUCACGCUAGCAGAAGGGGAAGGGCUUUACCAAGCUGUGGACGAUCCGACAGCCAAACCCCUGAGAACACACUGGCAAUCCAAGGGUGUAAAACAGAGGAUUCACAAGGUGACUGAGGUCAGUGGGGACGUAUAUAUAACACUAAACGACUCCAGUGAAGCCAUCGAGUCAGAUGCCUACCAGAGUGAGAGAUAUAGGACCGGUUUAUUCAAGGGCCAGCCUCAACUCAAGACCAACAAAAAUACUUAAAUGCUUCAAGGACGAUGUGAGAUGUUUUGUUGUAUUUCAUUGAAAAGCAUAUCAAAACCCUUCGGAAAGGGUUUUUACGCUGAACUAUGACUGUCUGGGAAUAUCGUGGUUUGGAAUUGUUAAAUGGUGUACGAAUAAAUAAAAUGUUUAUUUUUGUUAGAAAAAAUUAUGCAUGGUUAUUUUUAUGUCGCAUUGUCAUGGUAAACGAUAUAAGGAAUAUUAUUAUGAUGUCGUUGAGUCAUUUGUCAGUAUAUACACAGCUAAGUUCCUCUGAACACAAUUAAACUGAAGCCAAGGACUAUAAAUACUAAUGACUUUGCUGAUUUUUUCAGCAUAACAAAUACUUUUCUUUUGAUAAAGUAGGGUACCUUUCACUGAUAAUACUUCUGUUCUUUUACUUACCUAAGAUUUUGAAUAUUAAAAUAUAUUAUAUCAAUGAUUUACACAUGGAAUUGUGUGAUGUCACAUUGUUGUAUUGCUACUUUUCCUUAUAUAUGAAAUCCCAAUCCAGGUUUAAUCCACAAAGUAUUUGAAAGCACUUGUGUGGGUGUACCAUGGCGAUGAUCAGGGGGGCUUAAAGGGCAAUUGCGGCCAAUUUCAAAAUUCAUGCCUGUUAUUGCUAUUCUUCUGAGACAGUCCAAAUAUAUUAGCAAUCAUGAAGGACUCUCUCCCAAAUCAAAUAAGCAGAAUGCUAAAAGUAAAAUUUGUGAUGUCAUCCAGUAUAAAGUCACUGAGAGCACCCAGGGGAAGGCACUGAAAACAUGGGUAUAUUUUCUGUUUCACAACUGAGAACACUAUAAAAGAAUAAAACUAAUUUUGGUA